CACGGUGCCGGGGACACGGAGCCGCGGACAGCAGGCUCGGGGAGCGCCGGCCAAGGACCGCCAGCCACAGCAGGCUCUGCGGGAAAGGAGUGCUAGGCUUUGCUUUAGCCUCACCUCUGCAGCAGCCAUGAGAAAAGUCUUUUAAAAAAAAACCUUUAAAAGCUUAAAAUAGUUGAUUUCUUCUUGUGUUCAGAGAAUAUAGUCUACAAUUUAAUUUCAAGUACCGCAGCUGUUUUUUAGAUAGAUGUAUUCCUACAAAAACAGGUUGUAAUAAUUCUUUACAAAUAUUUUUUUUUCCUAACCAUGUGGUCUGUUGCACAACUGCAGGAUGGAAUUCUUAAUAUAAAAUCCACAGCCCAUAGAAAAUUCAAUUAUAUAUAUGAAUUCCAUAGCUGAUACAAAACAGUAUAACAAUUUUGUGGAUAAAGAAGCCGCUUUAUCACUGAUUUUCUCAGCAUCGGCACAUCUGUAAGCAACAGAGAUGUACGCAUAGCUGUAUUACUGGGCUACUGAUCUGUGAAAUCCCUCACUGUUUUGUAAUUAUUCCUCCUCUCACAAUUAUAUAAAAGUGUCAGAAAACAGGUGGAAGAUGAGCCAUGCCCUCCCAACAAGAAUUCUGUUGAUGGGUUAAGAGAUAUGUUUCAAAAAUGCAUAGGAAAAAAGACAACUCAAAACCAAAGGAAGUCUCUUGCUGUGGCAACACCUUUCAAAUGCCAUUUCCCACCCAGAAGAGAUUGGAAGACAUUACCUGACAGACAACUUAGUUCCCUAAGAAAUUAAGUGGGAGGUUUCCUUUCUGGUGGUUGUAAGUAAAUGUCCAUGUCACAGAAUGACAAUACUUCUACAACCAUUUUUCCAGGAUUUUGUCAGAAGCUGUAGGAUUAACUUUGACAUUCAUGAGCUUUCUUCACGAACUCAUUUUUGUUCAAUUAAAAGAAGAUAGAAGCUAAUGAAGAGGUCAAACUUCGUGACACACAUUUCAAGAAGCUCCCAACCAUGUAUUUCACCAAAACUCCUGAAAAAGCAGGAGGCUGUAAAAGGAAAGGAUUCUGGGUUACAAUGAAGACGAUGAACUCAAUGAGGAUGGACAGUGAGGUAAGAACUGCUGGAACAUGUGCAGAACCAGUCUCCACCAAGUGCAGUACCAGCCCUGAUCCCUGGCAAGCACUGCCACCACGAGGCUCCAUCCUGCUUUGCAUUUUCCCUACAAACAGGAAAUUAAAAUUCUCAUUUUUCCAUUUCCAUUUUUCUACCACACACACCUCGCUAGAAGCGCUUUUGUGCAUGCAAGCACAUGGCUGGAGAUUUGCUUCUGGCACUUUAGGGCGUUUAUAAGGAAUACUAACAUGUUUUUCAAAUCGUUUUAUUCCUUUUGUUCUGCCUAGGAAGCGGAGCUAGGAGAAUAUAAUAAAGACCACGCAAGUAUCCAAGUAGCCAGCACUUGCACACAACCAGUGCUCUGCUGCCAGCUCUUGCCCAGGACUACCACACAGCCCUGCACCUGGGCACCCUCUCGCUGCCACUAGCCUUACACAUGCUUCCACGUGCUUGAGUACCAACAAAAAAAUCCCAAAGAACUGGCAAAGUUUCUCAUAUAUGCCUCUUAGAAAGAAGUCUGGACUUUUCUCCAUCCCAGAAGACUGCUCCCUGGAUGGACCUCAUAGGAGUUAAUUUGAGAAGAGAGUCUGAAUGACACUCGUGGCUUCUCCUGUGGCAUCACCUGCACUUGCAGAACAGCCCAGUCUCCAACCCUCCCUCCAGAGAUCAUCACAUCUUGCCAAGCAGUGCUGCUGCCACCCACUCAGACAAAUUACUACUUCUCUGGGUUGGCAAAUUUUUAGAGGUAACAGUAUAAAAAUAAACACUGGCAUACAAAUUAUCUUUCUAUGGAAAGGAGAGGGAGGAAGAAAGGGUAAAAUGGAAACAGGCUCACGUGAAUAGUGAAGAAAAUUCACUUCAAGACUACAGUAAUCAAAAAGCAAGAAAACACACUCUAAAGUCUACUGUUCAGCAGUGGGUUACAAUGACAAAUCUGAGACUGUGAUCGACAUCCCAGCAGCAGCAGAGCCCCUUCUCCAGCCUCCCCAGGGCCAGAGCACUGCCCCUGAAAGACACCCUCGGGGUGUGUGUGUGUGUGUGUGUGUGUCCCCAGCCUGGUGGCAGUGUGUCCCAGCAUGUCCCCAGCCCCAUGGCAGUGUGUGCCCAGCAUGUCCCCAGCCCCAUGGCAGUGUGUGCCCAGCGUGUCCCCAGCCCUGUGGCAGUGUGUGCCCAGCAUGUCCCCAGCCCCAUGGCAGUGUGUGCCCAGCAUGUCCCCAGCCCCAUGGCAGUGUGUGCCCAGCGUGUCCCCAGCCCCAUGGCAGUGUGUGCCCAGCGUGUCCCCAGCCUGGUGGCAGUGUGUGCCCAGCGUGUCCCCAGCCUGGUGGCAGUGUGUCCCAGCGUGUCCCCAGUGUGUCCCAGCGUGUCCCCAGCCCGGUGGCAGAGUGUCCCAGCGUGUCCCCAGUGUGUCCUAGCGUGUCCCCAGCCCUGUGGCAGUGUGUGCCCAGCAUGUCCCCAGCCCUGUGGCAGUGUGUGCCCAGCGUGUCCCCAGCCCCAUGGCAGUGUGUGCCCAGCGUGUCCCCAGCCCCAUGGCAGUGUGUGCCCAGCGUGUCCCCAGCCCCAUGGCAGUGUGUCCCAGCAUGUCCCCAGCCCGGUGGCAGUGUGUCCCAGUGUGUCCCCAGUGUGUCCCAGCGUGUCCCCAGUGUGUCCCAGCGUGUCCCCAGCCUGGUGGCAGUGUGUGCCCAGCGUGUCCCCAGCCUGGUGGCAGUGUGUCCCAGCGUGUCCCCAGCCUGGUGGCAGUGUGUGCCCAGCGUGUCCCCAGCCUGGUGGCAGUGUGUCCCAGCGUGUCCCCAGUGUGUCCCAGCGUGUCCUCAGCCCGGUGGCAGAGUGUCCCAGCGUGUCCCCAGUGUGUCCCAGCGUGUCCCCAGCCCGGUGGCAGUGUGUCCCAGCGUGUCCCCAGUGUGUCCCAGCGUGUCCCCAGUGUGUCCCAGCGUGUCCCCAGCCCGGUGGCAGUGUGUCUCAGUGUGUCCCCAGCCCGGUGGCAGUGUGUCCCAGCAUGUCCCCAGCCCGGUGGCAGUGUGUCCCAGCGUAUCCCCAGUGUGUCCCAGUGUGUCCCUAGCCCGGUGGCAGUGUGUCCCAGCGUGUCCCCAGCGUGUCCCAGCGUGUCCCCCCAGCCGCAGUGUGGGGCUCCGGGGCUCCUGCAGGGUGUCCAGCGCCCACACCUGGGUGCUGCAGCCUGGAGCUCCAGCUCCAUCUCCUGGGGAAAUCCUGCCUUUCUGCCAAGCCUCAACAUUCCUGUAACA